UUUAGACUGAUCCAGUUUACAAAAGUUAUUUAUUCUCUCCUUUUCUUUCUAAACCAAGCUUCCCUAUCAUUUGUCAGUGUACCAGUACAGCAAGAGGUCGAUAUGUUGAAUGUGCUUGACCUACCUGAACUCAGAGCUUACUUAGGUGAGUUCCUGGAUGAAGAAGACCUUGCCGCAUGUGUUUGUGUCUGUCGGGACUGGUAUGCUACGUUCAUGCCACUCCGAUGGCGUGAUGUUUGCAUCACUGGAAUUCAUUCUGGUCGUGCAGAUGUCAAUCUUCGUCGACAUGCUCAUCUGGUUCGCUCUUUAUCGUUUCUGCGAAUUAUCUCACUCAAACAUUUUUCCACUGUCGAUCGGUAUAACCAACUGGAGCGGAUCCAUGUUACCAAGACGGACAUUGAUGGUCGAAAGGUCUGGGAUAAGCUAUCCGCACUGGUACGGCAGAACUACAAGACACUAAAAAGAGUGGUUCUAGAGGACAUGAUGCCGCUAAACGAGUUUUUGGCGGCAUUGAGUGAAAAGGACUGUCAAGGAAGGGUGUUGAAGCUUAAUAAUCUGACAUGGAAGCGAACCACUUUGUAUGCAUCUUCUCAGACCACCUUCUGGAAAUCAUGCAUGAGGGCUCAAACGUUGGUGUUGGAAUGCUUGACCAUAAAAGGGCUGCGUCAGGAGUCGCCAGAGAACUUUAGCAAUUUCCAAUCCAUAUUGAUGUCCGCAGAAGGAUUGCAAUCCGUAACAGACGCAUCACCUACAUCAGUAUUAUCAGCGGCAUUAUUUCCAGUAUCAACGCCAUCACCAUCGUUAUCGCCAUCAUGGUUAUACCAGCUUGAUAAUAUCAGAGGGGAUUGCCACAUUCAGCACCUUCGUGUUUCUUGGACAAUAGAGCUGUCACCCGACCUACAGCUCAUACUUUGGAUCCAACCCUGUUCGCAAUUGCAAAGUCUUACAUGGGAGGCCUUCACGUUCCCAGAAUCAUCCAUGGUCCGUUUCACCCUCCUACUCAGACAGAAUACAUGGCGAUUUCUUACGUCUCUGGAGAUCUCGAGUUGCACGGUCCAAUACCCAACAGAUUCUUCUUUGUCAAUGAUCCUUGAUGCGUCACCGAAUCCAUUCGAACGGUUUUGUUUGAAGAACGUUGAUUUUGGGCCACAGGCGUUUGAGAGUUUGAGGCGGCGACAUAUGCAGGGACUUAAAGUAUUAAUGUGGGUGAGUUGUGGGCCAAAGGUAACGAGUGAGAUGGCACGAAAAGUCCUAGAAAAUUGUGAAAAGUUGGAGGUUUUUCAAGCGCCAUACUUGCUAGUUGAAGAUAUAGGGACGGGAGAAGAUGGCCAAGGUCAAAAGGACGAAGAGGAUCGUCGACGAGUAAGGAGGCAGGGUUCAUUGGAGCAGAUGGAGUGCAACGAGCAAAUCGGCAUAUCAGAUGCUAAGGAUGUGGAAGACGAUAGUGAAUAUUUGGAAAAGUCAAGAUGUUCGCCACCGCUUCCACAACCCUGGGUCUGUCUGGAUUUGCAUACGCUUUAUAUUUCUGCUACGGUUGCAUCGUAUGGCUUGCCUCCGUUAACAAAAGAAGAAGAGGCUGUGAUCUGGAAAAGACUAAAGUCCCUAAAGAAAUUGCGAGACUUUCGAGUUGGUGCGAGUAUUUCAUCCGCAACCACAAAUCCCCCUAUACACAUGUAGAGUCUCUUAAUCUCCCUUAAUAUAUUUUAUAACUGUCUUGCCGU